UUUUAAUACUUUCAACACUACUAUAUAACAAAUAAUUUGAGGAAUGCGGUAGUAAUAUGUAACUGUAGAACUGAGUAUGUCUGGACACAUAGUUGGAUUACGAGUCGUGAGAGGACCAGAUUGGAAGUGGGCUGAACAAGAUGGUGGUGAGGGGUUUGUUGGAACUGUGGUGGAAGUAGGUAAACAUGGCAGCCCCACAUCACCUGAUAAGACUGUUGUGGUUCAGUGGGAUGGCGGCAACAGGACUAACUACAGAACUGGAUAUUUAGAUGCGUAUGAUUUACAUGUGUUCGACAAUGCUACUGUGGGUGUUGUGUUUCGUACGCGACAGUGCGAUUCCUGUCAAACCCGAGCUUUCCCUGGCUUCUGUUGGACUUGUUUGCAGUGUGAAGACUUUGACCUGUGUACUAAUUGUUACAUGAGUGGUAAACACGACCUGACACACGCGUUCACCAGGAUCACUUCAGAUGGACUCCCGGGUGUGAGUGUUCCUCCGCGCGAGGCAUCUGUUAAACACGUCGCUAAAGGGAUAUACGUUGGUGCAGUUGUUAAGAGAGGGCCGGACUGGGAUUGGGAUAACCAGGAUGGAGGAGAGGAAGGCUCCACUGCUACUGGAACUGUUACCUGUAUUAGAGGCUGGGACCAGGAGUCCGCUAUGAGUGUAGCCUGUGUUAAGUGGAUGAGGACAGGUCAGACUAACGUAUACAGAGUGGGACACAAGGGUAAAGUAGAUCUGAAGUGUGUCCAGGAGGGGAUAUACGGUAAUUACUAUCCUAAACAUCUUCCUGUCCUCGGCAAGGAGUAUUCUCUUCAGAGAAUGACCAUCCCGUCAGCAGUACAACAGUUAACAGAUCGGCCCAUCUGUCAGUUUAAACCUGGGGACUAUGUCAGAGUAGAGUUGGAUCUGGAGAUACUGAAAGCUUUACAAGAAGGGCACGGGGGCUGGAACCCUAAGAUGGCUCUUGUUAUUGGCAUGAUUGGAGUGGUUCACAGAGUCACUGAGAAGAACGACGUCAGAGUCAGCUUUGAAGAGGCAAAACAGAGGUGGACUUUUCACCCAGCAGCACUGAAAAGAAUAGAGACGUACCACGCAGGGCAGUUAGUUAGGAUUAUAGACGAUAUGGAGGCAGUUCAGAGACUUCAAAUAGGACACGGCGAGUGGACCGAGGCUAUGGCAGCCACUUUAGGAGAGGUAGGUAAAGUAGUACGAGUCUACCAAGACAUGGAUCUACGUAUACAUGUUAAGAACAGUGUGUGGACCUACAAUCCUAGGUGUGUUCAACCGCUACAACCCAUGGAUGGCAACAACAUGCAAAAUAACCAAACACCGAUGAGAGAGAUGGCAGCAGACAGAGGAGGCGAGUCCUCCAACAACAACGAGAACAGUAACAACGAGAACAGUAACGACUCAGACGUUAAGAUCGGUUCAGACGCGGAGUUAGCGGAGAUCCUGGCACGCGUCCCACAACUCCUUAACGAGGGAGGUGAGACUGAGGGCAGUCAGUUCCAGUUGGUACAGGAGGCCGCACAGGGCCGAGACGAGCGCGUCCGGGACAUUCUAGCAGCACAACCUCAGAUUAUCGAUAUAAAAGUGCAAGGUAAGACAGCCCUCCAAGUAGCAUCUCAUCAAGGCUUCCAGAUGGUUGUGGAGGAGCUGAUAAAGGCCGGUGCUAACCUAGAGAUAAAGGAUGAUGAUGGUGAUAACGCUCUUCAUUAUGCUGCUUUCGGGAAUGAGCCUGGAGCAGCCUCCUUGCUGAUCCGUAACGGAGCGGAUAUAAACGCGAGCAAUGGUAACGGCUGUACUUCACUUCACGUGGCUGCUAACAAGGGUCACAAGGACAUGGUCGCUUGUCUCAUUGAGGGCAGUGCUGACCUCAACUUAAAGGACGCAUAUGGAGACACACCACUACAUGAUGCCAUUGCUAAAGAACGGAAUGAGAUUGUAAAGUUACUGAUAGACGCAGGAGCGGAUCUGAAAAUCCCUAACGAUAGAGGCUUCAACGCUCUACACCAUGGCGCUCUUAAAGGAAACUCUGGGGCGGUUCAGCUGCUCGUACAACAUGAAGGUUUGGUGGAUAUAAAGAAGGAGGACGGUUUCUCGGCUCUACACCUAGCAGCUCUCAACAAUCACAAGUGUGUCGCUGAGAUCAUGAUCAAAGAGGGUAGCUGUGAUAUAAACAUCAGAAAUGGCAGACUCCAAACUCCGCUUAUAUUGGCUGUCAGCCAGGGACACACCGCUAUUGUGGAGCUGCUGGUCGAGUUCAGCUGUGAGGUGGACGCGCGGGACGAGGAGGGCGACACAGCGCUACAUCUCGCACUGGUGCGACAGAGUGUUAGCACUGACAGUAGCGCUUCAGACACCAUGACACGGAUUCGCACUCAUCUGGGAAUGGAAAGUAGUGACGGUAACACUGGGGAGGCUAUAGCUUGUUUCCUCGCGCAGGCGGGAGCUUCCCUCAUCAUCGCCAACAACAAGAACAAAACACCCCUAGAUCUCUGUGCAGACCCCAAACUCAGAACGAUCCUCCAGGACUAUUCUCGAAAGUUCCGAGAAAGGAUGGAGGAAUGCGAACAAGCCGCAGGAGUGCCCACUCCCGACACUCUUUGUACACUGUGUGAAGAAGCUAAAGCUAACUUGGAGUUUGGGCCUUGUGGACAUGUCAUUAUGUGCGCGAAGUGUGGCGAGCGGAUCAAGAAAUGUCUGGAAUGUAAACAAAUCGUUGAGAGCAGGAAAAUCAUUGAUAACGACCCGCAGGUAUGUAUGAUAUGCUCUAAUGAUACAGCAGAAGUGGUAUUCCAACCAUGCGGCCACAAAGUCUCGUGCUCAGCAUGUGCUAGGAGAACGAAAAAAUGCAUCGCAUGCAAGGCUGUAAUAUCGAAAAAGACAGGUCUCAAGAAAUGUAAAACCAGUACAUCAGAGUCAGAGCCUCCAGGAGGGGAGCUGAACGUAUCAGCCGGGGAGGAACAGAACUGUGGUAUCUGCCUGGAGAAUCCAAAGAAUGUGGCCUUCAUGUGUGGACACAGAGUGUGCGACAAGUGCGCUCCUCAACUGAGAGAUUGCCCCAUGUGCAGAGUCAAGAUAACACACACCAUCAGACUAUAUUAGUGGCCAUAACAACGUGUAGCCAUAGUAACCAAUGGUUACUCACCGUAGUAACCAAUGGUUACUGAUCAUGAUAACCACGAACUUUCUCCAUCUGACCAGCAUCUUACGUGAUGACACCAAGACUCAGAGCUCAUCAAGUUUAUUAGCUGUUUUCUAUUUAAUUUUGUGUGCAAUGAAAGACUGAUUUGAGGAUUAAAUUUCUAAUUUUUAGUGCUCACCAUGUUUGCGUUUAUAGACGCGGGGAUAUACAUUUUCUCAAGAAAUCCAGUAAGGGAUACCGUGCUCAAAAAGGUGGAGCGAAAUGACCAGAUCUGUAGACAGUUUACAGCACGUGCUUAUUUAAAGAGUUCUUCUGGUUACGAUAUUCUCCCCACCAUUACUUACGGUUACAGAAACCACCGUAUGUAACACCGUCAGAGUUAUCUAUAAUAAAAUAAUAAGGGGCGGGGAUUCUAAGAAAUAACAAGCAUCCUGUGUGAAUAAAUUGGAUGUUAAGUGUGAAUCUUUGGUUUUAGUCCAGGUAUUUAAUAGUGAGGAGCUUUGUAACGCACAUCGUGACGUAAUGUGUCACGUGACGUAAUGUGUCACGUGACGUAAUGUGUCACGUGAUCAGCCACGUGACAAGAUGGCGGAGAUUUCAGCUUUUUAUCGCUGGUUUUAAUAUGAAAAAUGAAAUGCGAUAGAUGUAAUACUGCAGACUACUAGAUGCAAUUAGGUCUGUUAACUAACUUAGCACACUGACUUAAAGUUGUAGUAGCUAGUCUAGUUAGUAACUAAUCACCGCUAAUUCUUAAUUACUGCCUCCUUUCUCCCCAAAGUGUCUCAUAUUUUUGUGGAAUUAUAUUUUGUUAGUGGGAAUGGUUAGAAUUGCUGAUUUUAGUUUCUUAUAGUUACCCCCCUUCAAUCAGCGCACAUGUACGACUUGUACCAUGUACGUUAAUUUUCGUUCAAUCUUCACUUUUUACACGUUAAUUAGCGGAAUAGCGAUCAUGUUAUUAUUUUUAUUGGCAUACUAGCAACAUGAACUCAUGAAUUAAUUGUUGAGCGUGCGUCCCCUUAUAUGGAGCAUUUUGGAUUUUCAAUCUUGUGGUGAAUCUUUUUGUUGACUGAUUGAUUACCAAAAGAUUGUCUUUAAGUUGAACUUGUAAAAAUAAAGAUAAUUUAAUGAUAUUUUCCCAUAUA